UUUCUCACUGUGCAAAAGUGAAAUAUGUUAAUUAGAUUUAGAACAGGGCCGUCGCACCGUUGGAAGCCAUACAAAGUGUUGGAUUCUGGUGCAGAAUAAGCAAGCUCAGUAGCAGCUUGAAGCGCAUCGCGUGCGGUAGCGGAGCAAUGGCCAUGGACGACUAUGAUGAUGACAUGAGCAGCGUGGGCGUGACCACGGCCCGAAUCGAAAAUCAACAUCAGCCACACCAUCACCAGCAGGGUCAGCAUGUACACCACCAACUGGGCCAGGCUCAAAGCCAGUACAGCGCAGGGGCAGUAAAAGUGGGAGGAUGGCGAUACGAGGACGCCAGUCGCUACAUCGGCGAGUGGAACCAGCGUGGCCAAAAACACGGCGUCGGGCAUCUGCAGUUUGCCGAUGGCACCCGCUACGAUGGCCAGUUUCAGGAAGGUCUUACUCAAGGAGUGGGCUGCCUCUGGUUCGCGGAUGGAGCAAAAUACGAAGGAGAGUUUUAUCAGGGCUGGUUCCAUGGUAAUGGGAUCUUCUGGAGAGCUGAUGGAAUGAAGUACGAGGGUGAGUUUCGAGGCGGCAAGAUUUGGGGCCUGGGAUUGCUGACGUUCCAAGACUUUACGCACGGCUUCCCCAGAAACGAGGGAUUCUUUCAAGACUGUCGCUUUAUGAGACGACGUCGAUGUCCCGAGGUGGUGCAGCGUGCUCAAAAGUGCGCUCUUAUGGCCCGUUCCCAAUGCGAACACCCCUACUGAACAGAGUUCAGAGUAAUUACCAGUUGGAAUUCAUGAACACACAUAAAUAAUCUAUACAAAAUUCUUGUAGAUUUAAUCGAACACUUAAAUAUAGCGAAAGAAAAUUAAAUAGGCUCACUCAUCUGUAUAAAGAGUUUAAAAAUACAAAUUUAAGCAACCGACACAUGAGUCUCAAGUCUUACAAAAGGAAUAAGUUUUGCUCUAGCUUUAAAAAAAGCACGAGUAUUUAAAAAUGUAUACCAUUUUCCAAUGGGAAUUUGUUCGCCUUAGCAUUUCUUUCCUAACUUUUUAAUCUUAAAUAGAUUUGAGUCAAUACAUUUGUAAGUGUAUUUAAGAAAUAUACAACGCAUAGAAUUUCGCGUUUACUGUCAUUUUGAUAGACCUUGAUCAUUUAGCACCAUUCAAUGCUCCUCCAAUGUUCUUCAACGAACCCUAAUAAAAACAACAAGGAAAUUAUGAAGAA